AUGGCUGCGCUACAUUUAGUCUCGUUAGAAACUACUUAUAUGCAGCAGUGCGAGACAAGUCGGGAAAAUUCGCAGGAGCGGGGGAUAGGGUUGUGGUGGACGUUGCGCAAAACCGCAGCGGCUGAGAAUUGGGAUAACUGCAUCAUGGUGAGGCAACCAUUUGGAUCCUCUGGUUACGUGAACAUCAUGGUUGGGGUCAAAGUUGGUAUCAUAACAGGAGUCAAAGACCCCAUCAGUCGCGGAUCUCGGAUGAAUUGGCGGAGACAGCUAUCGGGUUGGCAGCCGAGUGCUGAAGCCGUCCUAGCUGACAAGGCUGGAGAGAUCACCGCGCUGUUGGUUGAAUUGAUGGGACAAAUUGGCAGCGUAGCAAUAGAAGUCGUCAUGGCGGAGAUGCUCCUAGUCGCGGUCAUAGUCAAGGCUUGCGAGCAAUUGGCGAUAUCUGUCAUCUGUGUACAUGGAGAUGAAGUGUAUAAAGAGGUGUUGCCAGACGCUGGUGCAUACAAGGCAGCAAUAGCAACUGCUAUGGGAAGGAUAUUAUGUUCCAAGACAUAUGUUGGAUUAAAAGAACGCAUGUAA